AUGAAAUUAAUCGCUUUAAUAAUUACUGGUUUGCUUCUGCUUGGAGUGGUUUCAGCGCAAACGGAAAACUGCACCAGGUUUUGUACAAGGAUUUACGAUCCUGUAUGUGGAUACAAUGGAGAAACCUACAAACAAUAUGCCAGUCCCUGUCUGUUGGAAUCAGAGCAAUGUGAGACCGGCGAGGUUAUAGAAACUGUGGCACUCGAGAAGUGCCCUGAUCAGAAAUCUGCUGAACCACAGGAUGAAGCACAAAUGGCGUAA